UUUAUAGUAAUUGUUGUGAGUAUGAGGCAAAUGGCAACAUUGGUGGGUGGAUGUGGGCAGCAACUAUCAUGUUCUCAGUGCUCCAGACACCCACACCACACAUGGCUGCUUCAAGUGUUCCGUGUGAGGUGCGAGCAGAAGCAUCUGUGGCAGCAGCUGGUUAUGAUGGAAUCGUGCUGGUAACUGACUCUUUGGAGAAGCUUCAAGGGCAGUUCAGCCCACUUCAGGCACCACUCAAGGAACAAGCAAGUUUUGAUGAGUCACUGUUGAAGGAUGGAGGCUGUGUCAGGGUGGAGUUGCCUGCUGCCCGCUUAGUUUUUGCCCCUACUGGCCCACUGGAACGUGACCAGGAUGACGUGCGAAGGUUUGCAGAUGCUGCUGCAGAAGGGAUAAAAAGGGCCUUAAAGGUUGGCAUACGACGGCCUCUUCUUGUACGUGGCCCUGAUCAGGCCUUUCCUCAGGCUGACCUGGUGACACUUCUGGGUGCUCUGCAUGCUCUCUAUGUUCCUCUUGAGAUCAGAGAGGAUGUGCCCAAGAAGGCCUCAAAGACAUCAGUGCUUGGCUUUGUGGGUAGCAACAAGACUGUCCAACUGGCUGUUGCCCUAGAGAGUGGAAGGGUUGUUGCACGUGACAUCGGAGGCUCUGAUCCUGAGCGCAUGGCUCCUCCUCGAGUUGAGGAUUAUGUUAAGAAGGUGUUUGAGGGGAGCAGUGUAACUGUAAAUGUAGUAUCAGAUGAUGCUACACUCUGCCGCGAAUUCCCCCUCUUCUCAGCUGUCAAUAGAUGUGCUAAAGGGGUAGCACGUCAUCGUGGGCGUGUGAUUCACCUCACCUAUGUGGGAUCAGGCCCUGUAGAGUACACUCUGAUGCUGGUAGGAAAGGGGGUCACUUACGACACUGGUGGAGCUGAUAUCAAGGCCGGGGGUGUGAUGGCUGGCAUGCACCGGGACAAGUGUGGCUCAGCAGCUGUAGCAGGUUUCAUGCAGAUCCUCAGUAAGCUGCAGCCACCCAAUUUGAAGGUAAUUGGCUCCAUGGCAAUGGUCCGGAACAGUGUUGGAUCAGAAUGCUAUGUAGCUGACGAGAUUAUAACCUCUCGUGCUGGAGUACGGAUUCGAAUUGGCAACACUGAUGCAGAGGGACGGAUGGCCAUGGCUGAUGUGCUGUGUCUCAUGAAGGAAAAGGCUGUCAAAGAGGUCAAUCCUCACCUGAUGACCAUUGCAACACUUACUGGUCAUUGCUGUCUGGCAUAUGGCAACAGUUACUCUGCUAUCAUGGACAAUGGCCCAGCCAGCCAGGCUGCUGUAGCUCACACCAUCCAGGCAGCUGGAGAAGAGGUGGCUGAUCCACUGGAGGUUUCAACCAUUCGACGUGAAGACUAUGAAUUCCAUGCUGGAAAGAGUGAAUAUGAGGAUGUCCUCCAAAGCAACAAUAAGCCUUCAACUCAAACCCCAAGGGGUCACCAGAGUCCUUCAGCCUUCCUGGUGUUAGCCUCAGGUCUGGAUAAGCAUGGGAAGGACAGCAAGCAGCCCAUCAAGUACACUCACUUGGAUAUUGCUGGAGGAUCAGGACCAUUUCCAGGCAUCCCAACUGGAGCACCAAUUCUUGCUCUGGCUAAAGCCUUUAUACCCAGUGUCUUUUAAUAGUUUAGGAACACGGACUUGGCCAUGUACUUAACAGUUUGCUCUACAGUAAGGUGAUAUAAGCUAUUUUGUCAUAAUUCAGAUUAAGAAAUCAGUACAAUUGUUAGGAUAUGACUAAGCUUUUUUUUACCUACUCAAAUGUUAUUACUCCUUUUUUAUUCAUUUUGAUGCAUUCUGUAGGAAAUAAAAAUAUGAUGACUCAAGUCACACAAACUGAUACUAUUUGUAUUCACUCAUAAGAAUAUGAUACAUUCUUUAGUUUCCAUAAUUUUAAAUAACUUCAAGGUAAUAAUAAUAAUGAAUAUGGUAAACUUAGGUAGUUGUCAUUGCCUGAGAAUUAUGCUUAUGUUAUUCCUCAUUGUUGGGAAAUUGGUUGCUUUGGUUGAGCUAAUUAAAAUUUAUGAAAAUA